AUGGUCUCAAUCUUGUCUUUUACCAAACACGCUUUGAACACACUUGCUUUUGCCUUGUUGGCUCAAGGUAUUGUUAUCCCAGAUGGUCUUGAAAAGAGAGACGGUGCCGGUGUCAUUGCUUUGGACUUCAAUGUUGUCAGAGAUCCACUCAAUACGAACUUGGCUCAAUUUAUUGACGGGGAUCUUGCCAAGAGAAAAAAUACUCCGUUAACUUUGCAAAAUAGAAAAACUUAUUACUCUGCAAAUAUCGGCAUUGGAUCAAACAAACAACCACAAACUGUUAUUCUUGACACUGGUUCUAGUGAUUUAUGGGUUGUAGACGUUAAUGCUCAAUGUCAAGAUGAUAUUGAUUGCAAAGAUAAUGGAACAUUCGACCCAAAAACUUCGACAACUUACCAAAGCUUGGGAACACAGUUCAGCAUUGUUUAUGGUGACGAGACUUCAUCUCAAGGUCCUUGGGCAAAAGAUACUGUUAGCUUUGGAGGAAUCUCCAUUACUGGUCAACAAUUUGCUGAUGUCAAUUCCACUUCCUCCGAUGUUGCUGUUAUGGGUAUCGGUUUCAAGAGUGGAGAAAGUGUAGAAAGCGGUGAAAACUACGAUAAUAUCCCAAUUACCUUGAAGAAACAAGGUUUUAUCAAGAGCACUGCCUACUCAUUGUACUUGAACUCACCAGAUGCCGCUACAGGACAGAUCAUCUUCGGUGGUGUUGACAAUGCAAAAUACUCUGGCAGUUUAGUUCCUGAAUCAAUCACUGCACCAGAUAGAUUGAUAAUUAAAUUGGACACCAUCGACUAUGCUGGUACGUCAUAUAACUACCUGGACGGUGCCUUGUUAGAUUCAGGUACCACAUUGAGUUUCAUCAGACCUGAUAUUGCUUCUCAAAUUGCAAGGCAUGCUGAGGCUUUCUGGGUCAUAACUGAUUCUUCUGGUGAUGGACAGUAUUUCAUCAACUGUAAUGCUCCAGUCAGCGGUAACGUUGUCUACACUUUUGGAAAAGGCGCCAAGAUUACCGUUCCAUUAUCUGAAUUCAUCUUUCCAGCAGGGAACGGCUUAUGUGUCUGGGGUAUUCAACCAUCAGGCGAUGACUUUGCUAUUUUGGGAGACAAUUUCUUGAGACACGCUUACUUGCUUUACAACUUGGAUGCCAAUACUAUCUCAAUUGCGCCAGUUAAGUUCACCUCCGAUUCAGAUAUUGUUUCUGUUUAA